AUGUCUAAUGACAGACCAUCAACUUCUAAAUGCUCUCUUCAGUUUGCGAUUGAAUUGCCAUCCCCACAAACAACAACUUCUCCAAAUAUAAGCCCUAUCAAAACUUUGAAUCCAUACCAAAAUAAAUGGACUAUCAAAGGGAGAGUCACUCAUAAACGGCCUAUUAAGGCAUAUAGCACAACGACCAAAAAUGGCCAUGUCUUUAGCUUUGACAUUGUCGAUUGUGAUGGUUCUGAAAUUAGAAUUACAUGUUUUGAUGAGAUAGCUAAGUUACACUCUAACCGAGUAGACAUAGGUUCGCAUUAUAUUAUUUCAAAAGGAUCUGUUAAGGAGGCAGAUGCAAGGUACAACAAACUAAAUAGCCAUCUAGAAAUCAUGUUGUCUGAUACAUCCAUACUAAAACGCUGCACCAACGAAGAACAACCAGAUCAACAAAGUCCUCCUUUCACACCCAUUAGUGAAUUGUUUCAUCUAACAAAUAACGCGCUGGUUGACAUAAUUGGUCUUGUUCUAUAUGUUGGAGAUAUCGUUCCUAUACACAAGAAAGAUGGUAGUCAAACACAAAAACGUGUGGUGAAAAUUAAUGAUCUCUCUGGUUCAACAAUUGACAUCAACUUAUGGGGUCCAAUGGCAAAACAACAUGGCCUGGAAUUGAAAAAUAUGUUGACCAAUGAUAGUAUGCUUAUCCUUGCUUUACGUAAUGCUCGUGUUGGCUAUUUCAAUGGGAAGCUUAUAAACAUAACAGUUGCAACAACAUUACAUAUCAACCCAAAUUUUCUAGAAGCAGAGCUUCUAACAUUAGGAGGAAAGGACCCUUUGCUUGAUGUACCUUUUGUUGCACAAACUAUCCACAUAGAUGGCAGAUAUACUAGAAUGACAAUUUCUUCAAUUCAUGAGCGGAUGAGCAUCAGACCAGAAAUAAUUCAGACAACAUUGCUAGCUAUUCUGCACUUUGUGAAUGUCAAUGACAAAAAAUUCUAUUACGCAGCUUGCCCACUAAUAGUGAAUGGAAGGCCUUGCAAGAAAAAGUGUACAUAG